AUGGCGCCUAAGAAGAAUAAAAAAGGUAAUAAAUUGGCCCGAAUGAGCGAUGAGGAAAAAUUGCGGUAUUUACAGCACCGGGCAGCGGUAGAGGAAGAGACGAGACGUAGGAAGGAACAUUUAGUUGCUACGUACUUGAAGGUAAAAUUUGCACAACUAAUUUUCCGUGUCUAAUAUAACGAUUUCGUCUGGAUAUACGUAUUUCUAGAACAAGUUGAAAAAAGAAGAAGCUUUUACUCGGCUGAACACAGCCAAACUAAACCAGCAAUGGCGACACAAUUUGCGGCAGAUCAAGUGCAAGGAACUAAAAGACGAAAUGAUGGUAAACGCUGUUUAUAAAUCUUCGCUGUAAACAUUUCUUUGGAUAUAAUAUACAAUUGUGUGUGUCUAGACGAUGGAAAACCGUUUCGAAAUUUUAUUGGAUUGUAAGAACAACUAUAUAGACGUGUUGUUAAAAGAUUUAGAGGACGCUGAAGAACAGAAUCUAAAACAAUAUGGGGCACACGCUGAAAUAAUAUUCCAAUUCUUAGGUAAGUAUUAGGCAUUGUUACCUGACGACUUCCAUCAUGAAUGCAAUUUUUCGUUUCGCAAUGCCACUAAUUCUUUAAAUUUCAUACUUACACGUUUAUUUAUCUCCUAUACAUUAUAGCGAUAGUGUAGAUUUAGACGCCCCGACACCCGUCGUUCAAGAAAUUUAUAUUAUUGUAAUAUACCGUGUACGGGUAGGCAUUUCGAAAUUGAAUAUUUUUAUGAUGCAAUAACCAAACAGUUUUAAUUUUCGAACCUUUCAGGAGAUAAAAAUAUAUAUAUAUUCAAAAUAACAUUAUUUUCGUAAUAAAAUUGAUUUCAAAAUCAAUUCAAUUGUAAUCGAUUUUUUUUUAAACGUUUCCUCACAGUUAUUGUUAUUUCAUUUUUUUUUUUUUUUUUGCGAAGUUUUCGUUUUAUCUUUGUUUGAACCAUUCGACAGUUUUCCAUCAUAUGAUCACGGAAAUAAACUAUCGAAUGAAACAUUCGGUAUAGUUCAUCCAAACUUGUGUCCAUCACUAGUAUACAAACACCAUUCAAUUAAUACGCAUUUAUGCGUUUAAUACGUUCGUUAUGAACUAAUGCAUAUUAAUGCAUUCGAAAUACCGCGCUCUAGAUACGAGCGCGUUUGGCGUUGAAGAAAUUAUGGCAAUGGAAGUAUAGGGAAAUGUUACGGUUGUUAGAGAAUUGAAGUACCUACCUAGGUAAUAUAUUAUAUUAUUUUUUUUAUAAUACAAGUGAUAUCACUUGCGAGGAGAUAAGACAUAGGAGAAGAUGGUUCCGCGGUCUGUGCCUACUAUACCUAUAUAAUCGUAUGUGUGUGCGCAUCUAUAUUGACCCGUAAACUCUUUUAAAGGUCUGCACAAAAAAGUUCUAGAAGAACUCCACGAGCGUUAUGAAGAUAAAAAAAAAUCGCAAUUGGAGGAGUUGAAACAUAACUUCAGUCGGAUGCGGGACAUCUUUGUCCGAGAUGACCAGCGGUUGGAACUCAUGGCUAUUAUUUUCGAGACCCGCAAUGACAGCGAUACGCAACAGACUCACGCCAAUUUUGAAGAUUCCAUCGCUGUUUUAAACAACGAGGUAGGUAUUUUUAAACACAUUGUUUUUGUCGAUAUUUGUCAAAAUUUUAAUAUAAAUAAGUUGGCGAUAUUGUUAUUGUAAUUAAAUUUAGGUUGUAUCGUAAACUAAUAAUACUGGUAAAGUGAUAAAAUUGAAAUAUUUUUAGAUACGAUAAACAUUCAUAAUUUCAAACUUUUUUUGUAAACGUCUCAAGUCUACAGUUCUGUAGUUUAAAUUGUAGUAUCAAUGCGUGAUUUAUAAUUUGUGACUAGUGAAUAAUGAUUAAAUGUAAUAAAGGCUAAAAGAGAAAACAGUCAAAUACUAUUCAUAAUAUUUUUCAAAACAAAUUCCCAUACCUGAUUAAAAAAAAAACGUGGCUUAAGAUUUCAAGAUAAGUGGCUUUAAUUGAAUUUAAACAGUUUAUACAUCUAUUCAAAGAUAAAAAAAAAAUAUGUUUUUGUAAAUAUUAAAUUAUAUUUUAAAGUUUUUCUCCCCCCCCCCUUCCUUGGUAGCAGAGGCAAAGGUAUUUAUUUAUACAAAUAUACCUCCUCCAAAAGAAAUCUCUAAAUACGCCACUGAUUUGCCAUAUAAGCAAAUACCUGCGCAACGUUGUUUAGACGUAAUUUUACCUAUUAUUUAGAUACUUAGUUAAUAUUUUAAAUAAAAAAAAAAUGGUAUAGAUGGAAUAUAGGUAGGUUUUAUUAAACUAGCCCGGAUAUUUUUUUAUUUUAAUAACUUGCAGUUUUGUUUAUAAAUUCAGAUGCUUUUCGAAAAAGAUCGUUUCACGAAAAUUCGUUUUACGGAAAUGCAAACAACUGUUAAGAAAUUACAGAAAGUCCUGAACGAUUAUGGCAACGAGACCGAGUCCAAAAAGAAUCAUUACAAUUAUUUGAAAAUGCGAGAUGAAGCCAACACGAUGUCUAUCGAGGAAAACAAUAAGCGAAUUAGUGAAUAUUCUGUACGCCAACGAGAGAUGCCGUUAAAUAUUAUUAAGUUGGUAUAAUAUGCACUGAAUAAUGCUAAUAUCAUUAUAUUUAUAUUUAUAGGAAGAAAUCAAAAUGUUAACACAGCUAUGUGCUAGACGUGAAGUUCAAUAUGCAAAACAGGAAAAUGAUUUGAAACAGGAGCGUGACGAUCUUAUUAAACGGGGUUUCGUUGCACAAAAUCAACUAAACACCAACCAAAAUGUGUAUAAAAAGAAACUCGAAGCAUUGACGAAAAUAUAUAAAAACGUUAUGGACGUAAGUUAAAUUUAAUUAUUUAGGAAGAGACAGUUGUAUAUUAUAUUAUAUUAUAUUAUGAAUACCAAUGUUAUCCAAGGGCAACAAAAAAACUUUUAAUAUUACAAAAAAAAAAAAACAAAAACAAAUUUAGUACAAAUUUAUGUACAUUAAAUGUAAAAUUAAUACAAUUAACAUAUGUUUAAAUAAAAUGACAAUCAAAAAAUUUUAAUUCUCUCCCUGGAUUGUGAUUCAGCAUAUUCUUUAAUUAUACUAAUUAUUAUAGUACCUAUGUUAACAUAAUUAAUACAGGGGGUUCAUACUAAAAUCAAUCGAAAACUUAUAUAUAUAUCAAAUAAUUAUUUCUGCUAUGCACCAAAUACAGCUUUAAAAAAAUGCUUAUAGAAACACCUUAAUAUGUUUUGAUUAGAAUAAGUGUUCUGAUCAAAAUUGUGUUAAAAAAUACCCAGAUCAUAGUGAAACCUUCUAUAGGUAGGUAAGCACCUAUCCACAUUCCUCGCCUUCAUAAGUUGCUGAGUAUGAAUAAUAAUAAUAAUACCUGCUUAUGUAAAAAUAUGUAUUAACUCUUGUAAAUAUGUACAGAAAUUAUCAAGAAUAACCGAAAAGGGAGAGAGAAUAAUUAAAAUAGCAGACAAUUGUGCAAAGUUAAUGUUAGAUAACGAUAAAUUAGUUGUUGUCGAUGAAGCUAAUGAUGAGGUAUAAGGUAACGAUAAUUAUUUUUUGAGAUAAAAUUAAUUACGGUAUUUUUCAUUAUAGGAUUUUGAUAAAAUGUCAAUAUUCUGGAAACGAUAUGCCUAUGCAGAAAUGCAGUGUCAAGAACUUGAUGUUAAGCGAACAAAAUUACUGCGGGAAAACAAAGAUUUAAAAGCAGCUCUUACUUACUACUUAAAAACCAUUGCUAGGCCGGCGUCUGUGCAAAGAGAUAUAAGAGACAGUGGAAUACAAUUGCAUUUACUUCCAGUUAAAGCGGGAUGACCGUAAUAUAUAUUUUUAAAAUUAAAUUACAAAAUGCUAUUUCUUUUUUUUCUUUUACAUAAUCAUAUUAUCCAGACUUAAAUGUUAUACAAAAUCAUUACAACUUACAUAUUUUUAUACUUAUUCAAACUUCAAAAUAAAAAAAAUGAUAUCAUACAUUACAAGGGUUUUUCUUUUUCCUUAGCACCAGUCAUAUAGGUAAUUUUAAUUUGUAAUUAUGUGUAUGGUAUAGACCUAAGUUCAGGGAAAUUAUUUACUAAGCAUGGAUGUAACAAUAGUUUUAAACUUACAGAGACUUAAGACUCAUUCUGAUUGAAAAUAUCUAUUUUAUCAACAAACAAUUAUAAGAUAAAUCGACAUUGUUAAACAAUAUUAAAAGUGAAUUAAUGGUAUUAUCUGGAGAAUAAUAAUUAAGGUCUAUACAAUAAUAAUUCAUGAAUAUGUUAUAGAUAGAUGUAAUAUAUUGUAGAUCCAUUAAUAUUAUGUAAGUACUAAUCUAUAACAAAGUUUAGAUACAAUGGAUAAAACUUAGAUUUGUAUAGUUACACAAGCAGUAAUGCAGUUUAGCUAGAAAAUAAUUCUGUAGCAGACUAAUUUGUUUUUUUGUUUUUGUAAAAUAACUUAAGUAUAGAUAAUUAAUAUAAGAACAAUUGUAAUAGGUUAUAAACUAAAUAGGUAUAUUAAAUAUCUAACAAAGAUCAAUAGGUCAAAUAAUUUGUGUACACUAAUUACUGACAAAAAUUGUAUUAUUAUAAAAACUGGAUUCAUGACUUUAGUACCAUUGGUUAAUAAUCACUUCUCUUUUACUUAUAAAGUCUUUUUUUUCACUAACAAUAACUACAUAAUAUCAUAUAUUAUAAUAGUUUAAGUAACAAUAUAAUAGUGUAAAAAUAUAUAAAUAAAAAAUAUUAAAUUAGUUGGUAAUUACUAAUUUUACAUAGAAACCCUUUAUUAAAAGUAUUAGAAUGUGUUUUAAAUGAUCAACUCAAAUAAAAUGUAAAACAAGAUCAGAAGGUGCUAAUUUAUUGUCUUGCCAAAAAUAUUUAAUUCUAGCUUUAGCAAUUUUAUUGUAAGUGUUCAAAUAAUAUAUGAGAGAAAAAAUUGAUCUAAAGUAUUUCCAAGUCACAAUGUCUUAUUUCUGGAAAUUUGGAUCUGAGCUGCCACUCUAUUCUAUCGAUUUCUCCGCCAAUCAUAUCAAUGAUAUUUUCACUGUGUUUUAAAAGAAAUGCCUCAGCAAAAUCUGCGUUUUCAAUUUUUUUUACUUCAGCCAUUAAUGCUUCAGGAUCAAGUCUGUCUAAAUAUUGUUUUGCUAAUUCUCUUCCAUCGAAAUCCAGCUCAGCCUUGUACCUAAUUAAACUAUUUCCCAUAUCAAUCCCUUUGACAUCGUGUAUAGCCCUAAUCAUAAUAUCAGAUUCCAAUUCAGCAUUAAUUUUAUUUAAAUAUGUUUGACUAAUAGAACGACCGACUAUGGCUGAUGUGUUUGUGUAAAUUAUGAAUGAAGCAACUGUACCCAAAAUUCCACCAACAAGUAAAGAUCCAACAGCAUCAGGUAUCGGAGAAUUCAAGUAAGAUGUUAGAGACAUGCAUAUACCGGCCACUCCAAUAGACAAUACAGCAGCACAAUCUUCUAAUAAAACAACAUUGACAGUUGGAUCAUGACCACGUAAAACGUAUUGUAAGAAGGAGAUUUUCGCUUCUUUGGAGCAUUUUACAAUGUUAUUAAUAGCAACUCCUAAAGUUGCUCCUUCUGAUACAAAUGAAAUACCUAGUACAACAUAUCCCCAAUAUAAUGAAUCUAAUGGUUCAGCAUGGAUCAGCCCUGUUACACCAUGAUAAAUAGAAAGACCAGAGCCAAUACAGAAAAUUCCAACUCCGGAUAUAAGAGAAGCGACAUACUUCAUAUUUGAAUAUCCAUAUGGAUGAUAAGAAUCUGCUAUUUGAACGGAUUUAUAUAUGCCGAAUGCGAGAAUAACUUGAUUAACUGUAUCAGCCAUUGAAUGUAUACAUUCCGAGAACAUGCUGUGACUUCCUGUACAGGACCAAGCCAAGCCUUUGAAAAUUGUAUUUAAUCCAUUUAUAACAACAGCAGUUAAGACAACACGACCAGAGGCACCAAACAGUCCUGAUGAUUUUUGUGUUUUGAGAUCAUUUUGACUUAAAUUCUGUCGACGAUUACUUCUUCUAUGUGCUUUAAUUGUGAACAUUGUUUGCUGUUUUUUUUUCCUGUCAAUCUCCCUCUUAAUUAGCUGAGUCACUAAAUCUUCCUGGGACCCCCACACUUCAGAUGCCUUAGCUACGACAUCCUUUCGCCAAUAAACGUUUAUUGGUGGUUCAUCUUCAAAUGGAGAUCGUCGUUUAAUUGUUUUUAGUCCUUCUAGAUCAGUUGAUUUUAACAUAAACUCGGUCAUUGCACGACGAGCAGUAAUAUAAUUUCGAUCAACAGAUUUUUCUGGUCUUUGAGUUUUAAUACAAUCUUUUUCUAAGUUUACUUUAUCUAAUAUCUCUUUUAACGGAACACUUUUUAAUACUGGCACCUUGUCUUCUGACUUUAGUUUGCUACUAUCAUUACCGUUACUAUUACCAUUACCAUUCUUAUCAUCGUCAUUCAUAGUAGCAUAACAUCGAAUUGGCCAUAAAUGAUUUUUCGCCAUGGAAAUCUCAUUUUUUUUAUAUCGAAAAACAUACUGUGAACAUUUCCGAAUCAGUACAGGAUCAUUGUUCAUAGAUGAUAAUAUACAUUUGCAUGGUAGGCUAAGGUUCUUGUAGAAUAUGGUCAUUUUGAUU